GAUUUAAUCAUAUUUAAUACUAUAAAAGGUGAUGUUAAGUCACAGGUUAGUUACUAGAUAGAUAGAUCAGUGUUUAUGGUAUAAAAUGUGGAAACAGGGAGGUAAAGCACAUUUCAGUGUUAAUCGCAGUUCAGCUUUAGAAAGAGCAAAAGUUCAGCUCUCAGGACAGAGAAUCACAAGCAGCAUCUUUAAUCCUCACAAUCCAGGACGAGAUGCAUUUAAUGCGAGUCUUGGAAGUAACUUGUUGCAGUCCAGACAGACUCCGGUGCAGGACCUGAGCGAGCUCUUCUCAGAUACAGAGAGUGAAAAUCAUCAUCACGUUCAUUUCGUUGACGUGGCACGACAUUCUGCAGAUCCGCAGGAACAGUUUGGUUCAGGGGGAGGAAGUAGAUUUCUGAAGAAAUCUGCCAACAUGGGGGCACCCAGCAGCACCCCUGCGGAUACAGCCGAGGUCAGGUUCGGCGGCUCACAGAGCGUCGCGCUGAGCAGACUGGCGUCGAUCGAAGACCGCAUCAGGAAUCGUAAACAGAAGAUUGAUCCUGGCACUGGUGUGGAACUGGAGUCUGGACUCUCGGUGCAGUCCAGCAGCGAGCUCAGUGGAGGUGGUGGGAGCCGCUUUCUUAAAAAUGAAGUGUCCAGUCAGAAGAGUGAAAGGAAACCUGCUGGGCCACGUGUGAACAGUGGAGCUGGUCCUGUACGUCAUGUGAGUCUGGACAGUGAUGAGGAGGACAUGCGUAAACUGCUGGGAGAAUCACUCGACUCACGAGAUGAGUCGGACCAGUCUUACAGGAAAAUCAGUGACGAGGCCGGUGUGUCUACUGCUCUGGGUUCUUCAGCAUUCACAUCACAUCAUGGUCAGAAGACUCCUUCUGCUUCUGCUUCUCCAUAUUCGUCUCCUAAAAUCCCCUCACCCAGCAGGCCUCUCUCCAGGAGGGCUGAACCGGUCGAGCGCUCUCUGUCUUCAGCAUCAGGACACAGUGAGAUCAGAUCCCUGGAGGAGCUUUUCCCCAUCAGCGCCGCUCAUGACGACACACAGAGCGACAUCAGCGUCCAGUCAGAUGAUUUUAAAUUAAACGUCAUGACGCUGGAUGAUUUGUCUCCCGUCUGCCUCGAUAUAGCUGGAGCAUCAAAAGAGAAGACUAAAUCGAGCCCCUCAAUAUCCAGGAGGAUCAGUGAGUCUUCACCCGGUCAGGAGUCUCAGGAGGAUCCAGCGCCGUACCCGAGCGACUUCGAGAGCGAGAUCCCGACCGAGACGGCUCGGAGUGCGGACGAGAUCUCGGAACGUCUCUCGGACUCUCCAGCCGCCGAUCCUCAGUCCGGCUCGUUCUCCGUCAGAUCUGAGAAGGACGAAGACGACACGCUCUCAGAAGAACCGCCGGGGUCUGAAAGUCGACGUCGUGGUGUAUCGGAGUCCAGUCUGAGUCACAGUAGCUGUUCAGAAACACCGUCGUACAGCAGCGGUUUCACCGUCUCUCACACCGAGACACGGAGUCCAGACCCGAGACGGACCAGGAAGGACGCCACGGUGCAAACACAAGCAGACGGACUGACCUACACGUGGUCCUCUGGACAGGCAGUGUUGGGUCCAUCACUGGGGAUGUCCUACGUGGAUCCGACUCCCGUGGCGAGUCACAUGGUCAGCGCUGAAGCUAUAGAAGCUUUAUCAGCCUACAGUCCCGCCGUGGUCGCUCUGAACGACAUGCUGAAGCAGCAGCUCGCUCUCACCAGGAGCUUCAUCCAGUCCAGCAGGUAUCUACACCAGACCAUGCUGGAGUCCCUGGGACCCGCCGACUACAGAUACACCACACUAGAGGAUACCAAGAAGUUCAUCCGGUGUAACAGGCCUCCCAAGCUGACGAUGGAGGACGCGCUGGAGGAGGUGCUGCAGGAGAUGAGGGAUUAUCACUACAUAUAGAGCUCAGCCGCAUUCUGGAUGAAGCUCCCUGCACUAGUAACGCCUCCCUCACCUACAGGGCGCGGUGCUUUAUUCAUGCUGCAACGCAUGGUUAACUGUGUUACGGAAAAGCCCUGUGAUGGUUAGCUGCCCUGUCCGAGGUAGAGACCCAGCGCGACCCUGACCAAGAUAAAGCGGUUCAUGAAAAUGGAAAAUCAUGAUAUUUUUGAAAGAUUUCAGAAAAUAAAAAUACCUUUUUAAGUA